AUGGGAACUUUCGAGGGACAUCUGCUUCCCGGAGCCGCCUUCCUGCUAUUCGGCUCGUGGCAGCAGUUCAACGUCCUGAGAGCCUUCUUCAAGCACCCUGGCACCUUCCAGUCUCACGCAUGGUUCCCCACCGGCACCACAGGCGUCAGGCGCUACACAGAGCUAAUCUUCAUCGCACUGGGUGCCACAGCCUCUAUACUCAUGGAGCUGGUGCUGACUCAGCCGCAUUUCUCCCCACUUGACGAGCACUACGUGAUCCUCCUCAGCGCAUUCAACAACUUUGAGCACGCCGCCAUCUCCCUCUUCUUCCUCCUCUACGCCCUCACCUGCCUCCUCUGCGACCUCAUCCCAAACCUCCCGCCGUACCUGCCUCACCUAGUGGGCGCUUCGGCUCUCGCACAGGAGUUUCUGCUCUUUCACUUCCACUCAGCAGAUCACAUGGGCUUGGAGGGUCAUUACCACAUGCUGUUGAGAAUUCCAAUCGCUAUAGGGUCUAUCUGUGCGGUUCUUGAGAUUGCGCACCCCACAUCCUUCACGCUCUCUCUUGUACGCGCUAUGAGCUUCCAGCUGCAAGGUGGGGUGUUCAUCCAAAUCGCCCUGUGCAUCUGGGUGCCAUCGCUGGUUCCCCUUCACUGCGUGCGCGAUGUGGUUGUCAACACGGUUACAUGCGAGAGCGAGGUGUGGCACAGCAGGGCCAAGGCCCUUGCCACUCUGCAGUUCACAUGGUGGAGUGCAGCUGUUGUGCUGAGCACACUCAUUGCCACUAUCCUCGCCAAACAAGCCUUUCAAGAGACUUCGAAAGGGGUGUAUUCCAGUGUCAUGAGGGCACAGAAGGCUGAUAUUCCAAGGGACAUUGAAAUGGCUGACUCCAAACCACUGUUAGAAACUCUCCCAUCUGACGAGGAAGUUCUGAAAGGGGCGCCAUUUGCAGGUGCUGUAAAAGCGUGUGCAGGUGGACAAGAUGCAGUAGCUUUGAUAGCCUAG